CACUCCAUGUGCGAAACACGCCGAGCAAGCAUUUUCAAAUGAGAUUGUACCUCGUUAUCAGCCAGUAUCCGUUGAUAACGGGCAAAACUCAUAUUGCUCUUACAUAUCGGCUCGAUCCUGCAGAACUGAUCGAGUUAUCCGAGCGAAGGAUCGAAUCUUACAACAGUUGCGUGCGCGUUUUUGCACUUUACCGUAUUCGUACAAAUUUCUUUGCCCAUUCACAGUUGCAAAUUUAACAAUUGCGGACUUAUCUCUCCGUAGACUAUUCCCUCGAUUCGAUCGCGUCGUGCGAAUCUUGAUGUUUAAAUUACAUCAGCAUAAGCAAAGACCUCGCGCGAAUCGAUCAGUGUUCCUUUUUAUCGCCGAGGGUUGACAAAACCGUAGUUCUAUUUGUCGAGUGCGAUAAAACACCUUUCUUUCAUGAUGUGAUAUCGACGUCGCGCGAUGUUGUUGCGAGGAAUCGCAUUCGCGGAGGCGCGCCGCAAUUCAGCGCGGCGCGUCUUUAAGAGCCGCGACAAGUCGCAAGGAUGCGAGAGGGACGCCGCAUCGGAUCUUUCCCACGACGGAUCUUUAGCCCGACACGUGCGCACGGAGAUGAUGGCUUAUCAGCCCGUGGAGGUGCCGCUAUCCUCCGUUUUUUCAAAUCCCUUUGAAAGCGAGGCGAUAUCGCUCUUCGCUACAGCGUCCAAGCUGGCCACCGUGGAAGAUGAGGGUCCAAAGCGGCCCGAAGGCCCCAUCCGACCAUCCGCCGCCUCUCUGAAAGUUUCACCCACGGCAAGGGCGAUUCUCCAGGCAUCAAGGUCAUCGAAGAAGCUAGUUAGUCCCGUUAGUACACGCGACGCUGAGACUAUCACGGAUGUAUGCAGCGGCGAGGAAUUGCCAGAAGUCGAGAUAAUCAGCCUGCUGGAAGAGCAAAUACCGAGAUAUCGUCUCCGAGCCGACACCUUAACGCAGUUCCAAGGAUACGAGAACGCCGAUUGGUUUAUCCCAGCGCCUGCCCUCAAAUCGGAGGACGUCGAUUUGAAAUUAUCGCCGGAUCAGAUCCGGGAGACCCUUAACUACUUUA